AUGAAUCGUAGGAUUUCUUCUUCCGGACAGAAGCCGGUUCUUUCUAGGGUAAGCGCUUCUCCGAUUCUUCUUUUUCGCAUAAUCAGUUGUGUCGCAAGAUCUGCUGUUUAUCAAUUGAGUGAUGAAAGGGGGCUUCCUGAUCUGCUUGCCCUUAACUUACGAAUAGAAGCUCUUGUAGCUAGGUGUGGACGGAAAGCUAAUAUGAUUACCGCGACCAAAAGGUCUCCUUAUUCCUGGGUUGGGACGAGAGUUUUCGUUCGCGCCCGAGAAGCGCUUCACUCGCACUGCUUGACAGAAAGAGGGGACUUAGAACAUCUCUUUUUACCAUAG